AUGAAAGCAGCUCUUGCUGCCUGCGUCGCCUUCGCGGCCGCGGUGAACGCCGCCGUCCAAGGCUUCGACGUCUCCCACUACCAGUCGAGUGUGAACUUCGCUGCCGCAUACAAUUCGGGUGCCCGCUUCGUCAUCAUCAAGGCCACCGAAGGCACCUCAUACAUCGACCCCAAGUUCUCGUCCCACUACACGGGCGCCACCAACGCCGGCCUCAUCCGCGGCGGGUACCACUUUGCCCACCCGGGCCAGUCCACGGGCGCGGCGCAGGCCGACUACUUCAUCGCGCACGGCGGCGGUUGGACCAGCGACGGCAGAACGAUGCCCGGCAUGCUCGACCUCGAGUCCAGCUCGACCAGCCAGUGCUGGGGUCUGUCGGCCAGCUCUAUGGUGGCGUGGAUUAAGUCCUUCAGCGACCGGUACCACACGCGCAUGGGCGUCUACCCGCUACUGUACACCAACCCGUCGUGGUGGACGACGUGCACGGGCAACUCCAAUGCCUUCGUCAACACCAACCCGCUCGUGCUGGCCCGCUACAGCAGCAGCCCCGGCACGAUCCCCGGCGGCUGGCCGUAUCAGACCAUCUGGCAGAAUUCGGAUUCGUAUGCUUAUGGCGGCGACUCGGAGAUCUUCAACGGCGACUUGGCCGGGCUCAAGAGGCUGGCCCAGGGCUAA